AUGUCUCCGGGAAGAACAAAAGACGAACUGAGAAUCUUCACCCCUGUUGGCCAGUUCGGCCAAGGGUGGAACUCUAGUGUCUUCUGGGACGUGGUUGACUCCGGAGUUGACGCCAUCAUUGCGGAUGCUGGCUCUACUGACAGCGGUCCUGGACGUCUCGCGCUUGGGAAGACGGCAGCAUCUCCUCAAGGCUACAAGAGGGACUUCGGCGAACUGGUCAAGGCUUGCCACACCCAUGGUGUUCGCUGCCUCAUCGGCUCUGCCGGCGGUUCUGGCUCGAACGAGCUUGUCGACAUGAGCACUCGGCUGAUCAAAGAAAUAGUCGAAGAGAAUGGCUACCGCCCCAUGAAAGUCAUUAGCAUCUACGCCGAGAUUCCGAAAGAGACCGUCCGCCAAAAGUUCAAAGAUAAUCUCAUGAGUCCAUGUGGUCACGCCGUCCCGGAGCUCAAGGAGGAAGACAUCGAUUCUGCUGUUCGAAUUGUCGCGCAGAUGGGCUUGGAGCCUUAUGUUAAGGCGAUGAACGAACACCCGGAUUUUGAUAUCAUUAUCGGUGGCCGCUCUUAUGAUCCUGCACCGUAUGCGGCAUUCUGUGUCCAUCACGGGUUUGAAGAUCUGGGUAUCAACUAUGCCAUGGGCAAGAUCAUGGAAUGUGGAGCUCAAUGUGCCAUCCCGAAGUCUAGAGAAUCUCUAGCAAUUGUGCGUCAUGAUAACUUUGACUUGAUCCCCCUCCAGCCAGGGGCAAGGUGCACUCCCCUGUCGGUCGCUGCCCAUCUUCUAUACGAGAAGAGCAGACCAGACAUACUCCAGGGGCCAGGCGGAGAGCUUCACACCAAGGACAUGACGUACGAGCAAGUUGACGAGCGCACCGUGAGGGUGCGUGGGCCCAAGUUCAUCCCACAGCCAGAGGGCGAGUAUACCGUCAAGACCGAGGCGGCACGUGUCAAUGGCUAUCAAAACAGUUUUGUCGGGGCUUUCAGGGACCCGAUCCUGAUCUCCCAGCUCGACACGUGGAUCCCCGCCGUCAAGGAAGUGGUCAAGGCCCGAAUGUCCGGGAACUAUCCAUAUGAGACGAAAAUCAUCACCUACGGCAUCAACGGCGUCAUGGGCGCUCUCGAGCCCGAUAAGAGCCUCCCCAAGGAGGUCUGCGUGGUCGUGCAGUGCAGAGCGCCCACGCAGGAGCAGGCGAACGAGGUGGCCAACAGGACCAAGAUGGGCUUGACCCAUGCCCCUUAUCCUGGUCAGCUCGCAACUGCUGGCAACUUUGCGUGGCCUAUUACCCCUUGCGAGACCCCCAUAGGCCCGGUUCCCGAGUUCUGCAUGUACCACCUCAUCCACAAAGCGGACCCUGUUGGCCUGUUCCCUUACAAGAUAGACGUAUUCGAGGGAGCUAACACUUUUGUUGACACUCGUGAAAAAGUCGCCGUCAAGGCUGACGCUUUGAUGGCACAUAUCAAGACCCCAGCAACAACGGCCGGCCAGCCAAAGAUAUAUUACCUGAAGCCCACGCCGUCGGCAGGCACAUGCUAUCUCGGGGAUAUUGCCUCAGUUGUACGCAGCAAGAUCGCCGGGCCGUAUGAGGUGACCUUCGAUAUUAUGUUCAAGGAGGAAGAGGUGUACCAGCGAGUGAAGAAGGCCAACGUGCUCUCCGGGGCGGCCGUGGCCAAGCUCUACAAUAUCCCCGAGAGCGAUGUGGUCGCGGCCCUCUGGUGGGAUCCUGCAAGGGCGUUCAAGGCCACCAUUCCACGGUACCGCGCCUCCGCUGGGUUUGAGGAGACGGACACGCAUGGCUCGCAGCAGCAUGCGCCUCUCCUGUUCUUGACUUUGCCUUGGGGUCGUGAGUAG